AUGGCAGGAUCCCAACCAACUUUUGGCAUAUGGGACUACGUUAUAGUAGUCAUCGUUUUACUCAUAUCAUCUUCGAUAGGUAUUUACUAUCGAUUUUCCGGUGGGAAACAAAAAACAAUGCAGGAAUACCUAUUAGCUGACAAAAACAUGUCCAUAACACCUGUAGCAUUUUCGUUGAUGGCCUCGUUCAUGUCGGCGGUCACCAUUCUGGGGGUAGCUAGUGAAAAUUACACCUACGGAUUUCAAUUUAUCGUUAUCAAUAUUGCUUAUGGACUCUUGACGAUUGUUGCUGCCUAUUUGUAUUUGCCUGUGUUUUUCAAAUUACAAGCCACCAGUGCUUAUGAGUAUUUAGAGCUUCGUUUUGGAAAAACUUCCCGAUUAGCCGCAUCUUUAUCAUACACUCUCCAAAUGACCCUUUAUAUGGGAGUGGUCGUAUAUGCUCCAGCGCUAGCUUUAGAGGCCCUGACAGGAAUAAGUAAAUUGGCAGCAAUUUUGUCUAUGGGUUUGGUUUGUACCUUUUACUCAACAAUCGGUGGAAUGAAAGCUGUGUUAAUUACAGAUGUGUUUCAAUCAAUUCUCAUGUUUGUAGCUGUAUUCAGCGUUAUAGGCAAGGCUUGGAUUGAUACAGGAAGUUUGUCCGAAAUUUGGAGAAUUGCUCAAGCUGGAAAUAGAACUGGAUUAUUGAAUUUCAAUCCAGAUCCAACUGUAAGACAUUCCUGGUUCAGUCUGAUCAUAGGAGGAGGCGUAACUUUCCUUUCACUUUACGCAGUGAACCAAACUCAAGUCCAACGUUACUUAACAAUAAAAGACUUGAAAGGGGCUCAAAAAGCCUUGUGGUGGAACUGGCCAAUUUUGACGGCCUUGAGUCUGAGUACUUCGUUUUCAGGUUUGGCAAUCUACUCGAAAUUUUACAAUUGCGAUCCAGUGAAAGCCGGCUACAUCGAAAGCAACGACCAAUUGAUGCCUUAUUACGUUGUCAAUACCAUGGGAAGCGUUCCAGGACUUUCUGGAUUGUUUGUUGCUGGAAUUUUCAGUGCCGCAUUGUCGACUGUGUCUGCUGCGCUUAAUAGUUUAGCUGCUGUGACAAUUGAAGAUUAUUAUAAGCCACUGCAUAGAUAUUUCUUCAAAAAGGAGCUCUCACCCGCAACAGCUUCAAUGCAAGCUAAAUUCAUUGCAUUAAUCUAUGGUUUUAUAUGCAUCGGAAUAGCGUUUUUGGCCCAAUAUUUGGAUAACAUCUUGCAAGCUGCUCUAACUAUUUUUGGAGUAAUCGGUGGUCCACUUUUGGGCCUAUUUUCUCUUGGAAUGUUUACUUUGACAGCCAACGAAGCGGGAUCAGUUUCUGGAUUGGCUUGCGGCAUUACAAUGGCAUUAUGGAUGGCUUUCGGUCCUAAACCACCUAUUCCAACACUUCCUACAACUACCGCGGGAUGUUUAGGCACAUUUAAAAAUAGCACCAUAACGACUUUUGCUACUUCUAAUACUAAUAGUGACUAUCUGUGGGUUUACAGAGUAUCGUAUUUAUACAACGGCGUUGCAGGGCUUGUUACGACUCUUUUUGUUGGGUAUUUGGUAAGUUGGACCCUCAGGAAAAUAACUGGAAAAAAUGCCGACGACGAAAAUUACGAUCCCAACUUAUUCGUGCCGCCUCUGGCAAAUAGACUGCGAAAAUUGCAAAUGAAUUUCAAAACUGUUUCAAAUCCUGAUAAGUUUAUUGUAGAUUAA